GGUGUGCAGCUCAGUACUAGCUGCUUUGAUCUCUGGCUGCACACCAACACUUCUCGCCAGUUCGAGAUGUACCUUCUAUUUUUUGUUGCUAUAGGCUGAGUGGGAGUGCGGCUCGCCAUUGGCUGCUGUGUUGACAUAUAGUGGAGCGUUAGUGCGGCACGAGCCACUUCUUUCUAAUAGAACUUUUUUUUUUUUUUUUUUUUUUUUUAAAUAUAUAUAUUUAUCACACAGAGAAUGUAAAACCAUCUCGGUCCAAGGACAUGUACGCCUCUCACACAAAUUAAAGAAGCACUAUUUUAUUAUUAUUAUUAUUAUUUAAAUAAACUGUGCAAAAGCUGCCAUUUAUGUUUCUUCAGCACUACGAUCAUGCAACACUGUGCCAGCAUGCAUCUGAGUUUUAGAUUGUUUUUAUUUUUAACUUUUUGUGAGUCCCUGCCUACUCGAAAUAUUUACACUAAUCACUGGGCCGUUCGAAUUACAGGGGGACCCGAAGAAGCUGAUAAACUUGCUACAAAAUAUGGCUAUAAUAAUUUAGGCCAGAUUGGAAGCUUGGAUGAUCACUACCAUUUUCAUCACAGCAAAAUUGUUAAAAGGUCUGCUUUCACUAUGAAGGGUGAACAUAACUUUAUCCAUAUGGACCCAAAGGUUAACUGGAUCCAACAGCAAGUGGUAAAAACACGGGUGAAGAGGUAUACGCAGAAUAAUUUCAGUUUUAUCCACUUCAAUGAUCCCAGAUGGUCCAAUAUGUGGUACAUACACUGUGGUGACAAGAGCAAUCGCUGUCGUUCAGAGAUGAACAUCCUGGCAGCCUGGCAGAGAGGAUACACAGGCAAGAAUGUCGUGGUAACCAUCCUGGAUGACGGCAUUGAGAAAAAUCACCCAGACCUGGCACAGAAUUACGAUUCACUUGCAAGCUAUGAUGUCAAUGGGAACGACCAUGACCCCACUCCACGCUACGACGCCAGCAAUGAAAACAAACAUGGUACACGGUGUGCUGGGGAAGUUGCAGCUGCGGCAAAUAACUCCCACUGUAUUGUUGGUAUUGCAUACAAUGCGAGGAUAGGAGGCAUUCGGAUGUUGGAUGGAGAUGUAACGGACAUGGUGGAAGCGAAGUCUCUUGGUAUCAGACCUGACUACAUUGACAUUUACAGUGCCAGCUGGGGGCCGGACGAUGAUGGAAAGACGGUGGACGGCCCCGGUCUGCUGGCCAAACAGGCCUUUGAGAUGGGCAUUAAAAAGGGCCGGAAGGGCCUGGGCUCGGUUUUUGUUUGGGCCUCUGGGAACGGUGGCAGGCAGGGGGACCACUGCUCCUGCGACGGCUACACCAACAGCAUCUACACCAUCUCCAUCAGCAGCACCACGGAGAACGGGAACAAGCCCUGGUACCUGGAGGAGUGUGCCUCCACGCUGGCUACGACCUACAGCAGCGGGGAGUUCUACGACAGGAAAAUUGUGACCACAGACCUGCGCCAGCGCUGCACUGACGGUCACACAGGGACCUCAGUCUCCGCCCCCAUGGUCGCCGGGGUCAUUGCAUUGGCUCUGGAAGCAAACCCGUUAAUAACUUGGAGAGACGUCCAGCAUCUUCUGGUCAAGACAUCCCGGCCCGUCCAUCUCAAAGCACCUGACUGGAAGACCAAUGCCGCUGGCCAUAGAGUCAGCCAUCUGUAUGGGUUUGGAUUGGUGGAUGCAGAAGCCAUGGUUGUAGAAGCGAAAAAAUGGAGAAGUGUGCCCCCGCAGCACAUCUGCACCGGAACCAGUGAUCGGAGACCCAGAUAUAUCCGUCCUGACCAGUCGCUGAAGACGACCGUCACAUCCACAGGGUGCUCCGAUCAUGCAGAGCAGCACGUGGUGUAUGUGGAACACGUCGUUGUGAGAGUGUCGAUUGUACAUCCUCGCCGCGGGGAUCUGCAGGUCAACCUCGUCUCUCCAUCGGGCACCAAAUCCCAGCUCCUGGCAAAAAGAACGUUCGAUAAUUCGAACGAUGGUUUCAAAAACUGGGAAUUCCUGACGGUUCACUGCUGGGGAGAGAAAGCGGAAGGAGAGUGGACUCUGGAAAUCUUUGAUUCGCCCUCACAAUUGCGCAACCCAGAAUCUCUGGGGAAGUUAAGGGAGUGGAGUCUUGUGCUGUAUGGAACCUCGGAGCACCCUCACCAAUCACAGAGCUCGCGCUCCCGGCAGCUUGAGAGCUCUCCAGAGGGGGAGAAGAGCCCGACUGAGCUGGAGAAGCAGGAGAUCGUGGAGGAAGAGGAUGAGUAUAAUGGUCCUUGCCACUCCGAAUGUGGGGAUCAGGGCUGUGACGGCCCAGAUGCUGAUCACUGUUUGAACUGCAUCCAUUUCAGCCUUGGAAACAUCUUGUCCGGCAGGACGUGCGUGAGCACCUGUCCCCUGGGGUUCUACAGCGAUGCUGAAGUGAGGCGGUGUCGGCGCUGCUAUAAGGGGUGUGAGACAUGUUUCAGCAGAGCCCAGAACGACUGCGCCUCCUGCACAAGGGGCCUCUUCUUUUAUGACCAAGCCCGCACUUGUUCAGCAACGUGCCCAGCAGGGUUCUUUGCAGACGACAAUCAGAAGCAAUGCCUGAAAUGUCACCACAACUGCAAGAAAUGUUUCAGAGAUUAUGAUAGAUGCACUGCUUGCAGUGAAGGAUUCAGUCUGGCUGGGAUGACGUGUGUUCCUGAGUGUGCAGACGGCACCUAUUUUAACUUGGAGGAAAUGAAAUGCAGUCCCUGCCAUCUGUCCUGCACCACUUGUACAGGGCCUGGGAAGGAGGAAUGUAUUCAGUGUGCCCGAGACUUUCUGCAGCAGGAGUGGAAAUGUGUUCCUGCGUGCGCUGAAGGAUAUUACCCUGGGGAGGCGUCCGGGCUGCCACAGCGAGUCUGUCGAAAAUGUGAAGAGCAUUGUUUAAAUUGCGAAGGCCCUGGAAGAUACUGUUUGAAAUGCAGGGAUGGAUACAAUUUAGUGGGAGGCACAUGUGUAACAAAUGUCACAUGUAAUAAUGCUGACGAGGUGUUCUGCGAGAUGGUGAAAUCAAACCGCUUGUGUGAGCGGAAACUCUUCCGCCAGUUCUGCUGCCGGACGUGUCUCAUGACUGGGUGAAGAUGCAACUCCCCGCCCCCAAAUGAAGGACUUUUCAGACCGCAUUAAAGCAACAAUCUGUUGUAGACAUAAAAUGAGCUACUCUAUUAAUGCUCUAUCUCUGCAACAGACCAACAACUCCUUGAUAAAGUGCAUGUUUAAAUAUAAAAAAAAAUGAUAUUUUUGUUAAGGUUGUCCCUUUUUUUCAUAUACAGUGUAUAUAUAAUGAAAUCUCAGUAUGGAUUAUGUUUGAAAAAAAGAUGAUCGCGGGAAAAUAGUUUCAUAGCAGGUAUUGCUGAGGCUGAAUGUGGUAUGUUGAAGUUUAACACCGCACAGCGUACAACUACUGUGUCAGAACGAUCCCAUUUCAGAAUUGAAUCAAGAGCUAUGUCUUAAAUAUGGGUUUCAGAUUGGAGUAAAAACACACACAAUUAUGUUUUAAUUGCUGGAUUUUGUUACAUUUGUAAAAAUGUUAAAUAUAUGUGUUGACCAUGAUGGGAUGGAUUAUUAUUAUAAUGGCUUUUGUAAAUCUCAGUGCUUCUGAAAACAAACAGGGUGCUAUGUUCCAGCCAUACAGAUCUACAGAUGUACACCCCCCCCCCCCCAAUUCAGCCUUACCCUCCAGCAUCAUAUGUUAUCCCACGAUAUAUGCUUUAGCAAGACUCCCCCAGCUGCGAUGUGACAUUUACACGUGUAACAAACCCUAAAUCAAUGCAGAUCUUAUUGAAACCGCAACAAAAAUGCAAAUGACUUUUAAAAGAAAAAAAAUGUUUUGUUAGGUAGUAUUUUUUAAAAGUGAUAUUGUUGUGGUGUGCUCUCUUUGAAAAUAUGUGUAUUAAAUAGUUGAUUUCCUGUG